AUGGAGUCCGUCAAGAUUCCUACCCAACCGGCGAAGAGACGCCGUAUUGGUGUCCUCACUUCUGGUGGAGAUGCCCCCGGUAUGAACGGUGCUGUGCGGGCCGUUGUCCGUAUGGCAAUCCACUGCGACUGUGAAGCCUACGCUAUUUUCGAAGGAUACGAGGGACUGGUCCACGGCGGCAACAUGAUCCGCCAGCUGCACUGGGAGGAUGUCCGUGGCUGGUUGUCCCGGGGUGGUACCCUGAUCGGCUCUGCUCGGAGCAUGGGCUUCCGGGAGCGCGCUGGCCGUAUGAAGGCUGCAAAGAACAUGGUGCUGCGGGGUAUUGAUGCCCUCGUGGUGUGUGGUGGUGACGGCAGUUUGACUGGUGCCGAUGUUUUCCGCGCAGAAUGGCCCGGCUUGCUGUCUGACCUCAUCGCCGCGGGUGAUCUGUCCGCAGAGCAAGUCGAACCUUACAAGGUGUUGAACAUUGUCGGCCUGGUGGGUUCCAUUGACAAUGAUAUGUCUGGCACAGACGCCACUAUCGGAUGCUACUCGUCCUUGACCCGCAUCUGUGAUGCUGUCGACGACGUAUUCGAUACCGCCUUCUCCCACCAGCGUGGAUUCGUGAUUGAGGUCAUGGGCCGACACUGUGGAUGGCUUGCAUUGAUGUCCGCGAUCAGUACCGGUGCAGACUGGUUGUUCCUUCCCGAGAUGCCUCCCAAGGAUGGAUGGGAGGAUGACAUGUGCUCUGUUAUCACCAAGAACCGUACCGAGCGAGGCAAGCGCCGCACCAUCGUUAUCGUUGCCGAGGGAGCUCAGGAUCGCCAACUGAACAAGGUUUCGAGCUCGAAGAUCAAGGAUAUUUUGACAGACCGCCUCGGCUUGGAUACUCGAGUCACCAUCCUGGGUCACACCCAGCGAGGUGGUGCAGCAUGCGCCUACGACCGCUGGCUCUCAACGCUGCAAGGUGUGGAGGCUGUUCGUGCCGUGCUGGAAAUGUCACCCCAGUCUCCUUCGCCCGUCAUCACCAUCCGCGAGAACAAGAUUAUGCGUACCCCUCUGAUGGAAGCAGUUCAAGCAACCAAGGACGUCACAGCGAGAAUUGAGAACAAGGAGUUCGAAAAGGCCAUGGAGAUGCGUGAUGCUGAGUUCAAGGAAUAUUACCACGCCUACCUGAACACCGCCACCCCAGAGCACCCGAAGAUGAUCCUCCCAGAGGGCAAGGUAGGCCUCAAAUCCCCAGCCCACGGGGGCUUCACAGGAUUGCGAGAUACUGACUACGCACAGAGAAUGCGCAUCGCUAUCAUUCACGUCGGUGCUCCCGCAGGUGGUAUGAACCAAGCGACUCGUGCCGCCGUUGCGUACUGUCUGACCCGUGGCCACACCCCGCUGGCUAUUCACAACGGUUUCCCCGGACUGUGCCGCCACCAUGACGACAAGCCAAUCAGCUCCGUUCGUGAAGUUAGUUGGCUGGAAGCCGAUAGCUGGGUCAACGAGGGUGGUUCGGAUAUUGGAACCAACCGUAGCCUCCCUAGCGCUGAUAUGGAGAACACUGCCAAGUGCUUUGAACUGUACAAGUUCGACGCGUUGUUCGUGGUUGGUGGUUUCGAGGCCUUCACGGCUGUCAGCGAGCUGCGCCAGGCCCGUGAGAAGUACAAUGCCUUCAAGAUCCCGCUCAUCGUGCUCCCAGCUACCAUCUCUAACAACGUUCCCGGAACUGAAUACUCACUGGGAAGCGACACCUGUCUCAACACCUUGAUUGUCUUCUGUGAUGCCAUUCGUCAAUCCGCCUCCUCUUCUCGCCGUCGUGUCUUCGUGAUUGAGACUCAAGGCGGCAAAUCUGGAUACAUCGCGACUACUGCUGGUCUGGCAGUGGGUGCCGUGGCAGUGUAUAUCCCCGAGCAGGGUGUUGAUAUCAAGAUGCUUUCACGCGACAUCGAUUUCCUCCGCGACAACUUCAUCCGCGACAAGGGCGCUAACCGUGCGGGUAAGAUCAUUCUGCGUAACGAAUGCGCCUCGGGUACCUACACUACCCAGGUGAUUGCCGAUAUGAUCAAGGAGGAGGCAAAGGGACGCUUCGAGUCUCGUGCUGCUGUCCCCGGUCACUUCCAGCAAGGUGGAAAGCCGUCACCUAUGGAUCGUGUGCGUGCUCUGCGCAUGGCUAUAAGGUGUAUGCAGCACAUCGAAGGAUACGCGGGUCAAAGCCGUGAUGCCAUCGCCGCUGACCCCUUGUCCUCUGCCGUCAUUGGAGUCAAGGGCUCCCAGGUCUUGUUUUCACCCAUGGGCGGUAAAUCUGGCCUGGAGGCCACCGAGACUGACUGGACUCGCCGUCGCCCCAAGUCUGAGUUCUGGCUUGAGCUGCAGGAUGUCGUCAACGUCCUGUCUGGCCGCUCUAACCCCACCGGCAACGAGGGCUGGUCCUGCUAUGAGAGUACGUAA